ACCAAAUGCGACAAAGAAAAAUACAAAGGAGGAAACAGAAGCAUGGAGAUUUAUCCUCAUUGUUUGGUUUCUCUUCUUUCAAUCAUCAUCUUGUCUGGAUUCGCAUCGUCUCUUCACAUCUCUCUUGAUGAAUUUGAGUCACACCCAGCCACAAGCCGAGCUCUUCUUCAGGCAAAAAACACAUGCAAAGAAGAUUUUGCAAGCAAGAAUUACACAAUCAUAACGAGUAGAUGCAAAGGCCCAAACUAUCCAGCCAAGGCAUGUUGCUCCGCCUUCAAGGACUUUGCAUGCCCAUUCGCGGAAGCUCUUAACGAUGAGAAGACAGAAUGUGCCUCCACAAUGUUCAGCUACGUCAAUAUCUAUGGUCGAUAUCCUCCCGGUAUAUUCGCAAACAUGUGCAAAGAAGGCAAAGAAGGGCUUGAUUGCACCGACGUAAUGGCCGCCACAUCAUCUUCUCAUGUAUCGAUCCCUCUUGUCUCCACACACGCAUUGCUUUUCACCGUUCUCUUGUUUUGCCUCUUCUAAAUACGUUUUUUUAUAUAUAUGUUACAAUAUGGGGAUAUUAUAUGAACAUUUCCAUCGUUAAUUAGUUGCGGAGUGACACCAUUAAUUCUUUCAUGCAAAUUCUAGUUUUGUUUAGGCUCUCGUUAACUAUUUUUUUUUUCUUUUUAGUAGUAACAUG